GAAUGUCGAGCAUGGUGAAGUGGCUAGCCACGACUAAGAAACCUAUGAAAUGGGAGAUGACUCCGACGCAGUGCUAUUCUAAUCUACCAACUAGUACGCCUAAAAUAAUGUACCCUACCCCUCUAGUUUACUGUAACCUAAGUCGAAAUGUCCGAGAGCACAUGGAAGAAACAGACUUCACAGCACUGACACGAGACACAGCAGAUACAUUAUAUCACACAGCACUGACACGAGACACAGCAGAAAGGUCAGUUGACUCGGCAGAAAGGUCACCUGACUUGGCCAAUAGAUCACAUGAACAGGAUGAAAGCCCAAGGCCUAUUUUCAACACUCCUUGGUCAGCAGCUACACGGAUAAACGAGAAGAAAAGGAGACCAGAAAUUCGAAGAAGAUCAACAGUUACUUUCAACGAUAAGACUGUGUACCACGAGUACAAAACUAGAGCUAGAACUCCAAGUCAGGAGGUAGGGGGUAGGACAGGGAGGGAGACGAAGAGGGAGACAAGAAGAGAGGUGAGGAAAGAAAACAGAGCUGUCGCUGCUUACGGAGGAAAGGGUGAACAUCCAGGUGUGAUAACGACAGUGGUGGAGAUGACGGGGGAGGAGAUAAAGUGUGAAGAUUGUUAUGUGGUCAUAUCAUCCUACUCUUCUCUUAAACAGGGAAGAUGGGGACUAACCCCAGUUUCAGUAGUACAAUCUCUAACACAUCGUGAUGUCUGCAGAACCCACACCCUCAUGUUGUUCAGAGAAAUGGACGUCCUCUCACUUCUCAGACAUCCUUAUAUAGUCCAGUUGCUGGGAGUCUGCUCAGGGCCCCAAACACGUGAUGUACUGAUGGUACUAGAACCAUUUCCCAGAGGUACACUGUACUCAACACUACACAAACAAGGGAUAAAACUCAGCAAGAGAGAGAUAGUGGAUGUCAUCAAUAACAUCUGCUGUGCACUAGACUACGUUCACAAGAACGGAUACAUUCAUAACGGGGUCAGCAGUCACUCCAUAUUCUUGGGAAAAGAGGCAAAACUUGGUAACAUGGGCUACGUUCAACCAGUCCUAAAUAAUAUGACGUUUAAUACUGGUCACUUCUGGCAGUGGAAUGAUGUAUGGAUCAAUGAGGAGGAAGUAAGUACAGUGAGUGACGUGUACAGUUUGGGGUGUGUUAUGUGGGAAUGUCUCACUGGGAAAGUUCCUUGGUCUGGUCUCUCCCGAGAGAACGUCAUACUGCAUGUCUGCAAGGGUAAAAAGCUGAGGAGACCAAAAGGAGACAGCACCCUUGCCAGCAUCACGAUGCAGAUUCUCGGCAAAAAGAUAGUGUCACUACAAAAGAUCGUGGAGCAGCUGGAAUGUGCCAUCAGGAAAUGAUGUUUGUGAUUAUGGAGUGAACUUAAUUUAUUAAUUUAUAAAUAUGUUUUUCUUUGUUUUGUUCUGUAUCUAAAGAAUUUGGAGAGAGCUAACUCUUUUUGUUCGUUUUUGGUUUUAAGUUCAUUUGAACUUUAAUUGAGGUUGACCUUUCAUAAUGAUAUUCAUCAUGUAAAAUAAAAGGAAAGUAAAUUGGAGUGAUUUAAUAAACAAGAUAUCACAUUUUUCAGUUUGCUGUAUUUAUAAGCGUUUUCAAAUUGAAUGUUAUUUUCAUUUAGUUCUCACUAGUC